AUGACUGAUAAGCACACUGAGGAUACCUCUGAAUCACACCUUUUUGUCGGAGACUCAGUUGGACGCAUCCAUGUCUGGAACAUACAGGACUACGCGGUGCGCGGACCUGAGACCCGCCCACCCCCGCUUUUGUGCGUCUGGCGUGGUCACACCAAAGCCAUCUCCGCCUUGGAAGUGGUGAAUUCCUCCCAAACCAUCGUGACAACCUCGGCGGACCGCAAUGUCAGGCUGUGGAAAUGGGACGGUUCCUACAUUGGCACUUUUGGUCAGCCAGUCAGAUGGAAUUUAAAUGAUCCCAGCACCUUCCAAAGUCCUAUGCUGCCGUUUGAUGUUUUAAUCGACCCCCUCAGCAUCCCCGAAGUGCUUCCAGAGGAAACAUCGGACAAUCUGGAGGCUACUGAAGGACUUUCUAGGGAGUGUUCGAUAAUUUUGGACCCUUGGGGAAGGACGAUGGAGGCGGCAGACCGCGAAGAUCAUCCACGGUCAUCUUUAGAGAAAACAACUGAGGUCUGCUACGUAAUUGCUUAUUUAUUUGCCUUUUCGUAG